GGAAGGUACCGCCGUAAAUAACCGAAUAGCUGCGCGCUCCCCGCCUACCCCGCCAAGAGAAGUGGCGGGAAAGGAGGUCCGCGAUGGCGGCGCUGGUGGUUGAGGACGUGUUGGCUGAGCUCAGGCUCUUCGGGCUGGACUUGGAGGAGGGUGAAGACGGGGCUGCCCUUACCGACAAAUUGGUGGAACUUUGCACGUUGUACAGGUUGAAAGAAAACGAGAUUGCAAAUGAAAUAAUUGCUUUUGCUGUAACAAAGCAAUUCAUUAAGCUUACGGCAGAGUCCCUGCACAUCUUUGAACAUGAAGUGCUGCACAAGCGAUCCACAAAACCUCAGAAGAGGAAGGAGAGCCAUUACCCUAGAAUCAGAGAUGUCAACAGCAUUCAAGAACUUCUCGAUGUAGAGGAGGAGGAAGAAAACCUUCUAGAUACCUACACGUCGCCAUCAAAAGGAUCUCAGAAGCGGGUGAUAACCACACCGGACAACCCGCGUUCCAAGCGGACUCUCUCCAACUGCAGUCCCCGCCUGGCUUUCUCCCCCAGCAGCUUCUCCCCCAGUGCUACCCCUUCGCAGAAGUAUGGUUCUCGAAGCAACCGCGGAGAGGUUGUCACCUCCUUCGGCUCUGUGCAGGGAACCUCCUGGAGGGGAAAUGGCGGCUUGGCCACCUCUGUGAACCUCUUUCAUUCCCCCCAAGAUUCCCUCACCAAGCCCUACAAAUUCAUGUUCCAGGAACUUGUGGAUAACCGUGAAGUGCUUUCCUGCAAGAUGGAUGACCUCGGUGCGGCACUAAAGGAACACUACAAAAUAGAAGAAUUUUCUUCUUUGAUCAUCCCUGUGCAGGAGCCAGUCAUUGUCCUGGGCCAAAUCGGCUGCGAUUCCAAUGGGAAGCUGAAUGCGAAGUCCGUCAUCUUGGAAGGGGACCAGGAGCACUCCUCGGGAGGCUUGGUACCUGUGGAUGUAUCUGAACUCCAGGAGUACUCGCUCUUCCCAGGACAGGUUGUGGUUAUGGAAGGCAUGAACAGUACUGGGGAGAGGCUGGUUGCGUCCAAGCUGUAUGAGGGCAUACCGCUUCCUUUUUAUCAGCCUGUGGAUCAAGCAGAAGAUCCAAAGCUGCAGAUGGUCCUCGUUGCCUGUGGUCCUUAUACCACUUCGGACAGCAUCACCUACGACCCCAUGUUGGACCUGAUAGAUGUUAUUAAUAGAGACAAGCCGGAUGUUUGCAUUCUGCUUGGGCCUUUCCUUGAUGCAAAACACAAGCAAGUUGAGGACUCUCAGCUCACUGCCUCGUUUGAAGACAUCUUCAAGAGGUGCAUGAAGAUGAUAGUCGAAGGGACAAGGAGUGCUGGAUCGCACCUUGUCAUCGUUCCUUCGCUGAGAGACGUCCACCAUCACUGCAUCUAUCCCCAGCCGCCUUUCACUUGCGAGCUCUCGAAAGAAGACAAACAGAGGGUUCUCUUCGUUUCUGACCCCUGCACCUUGGAGAUCAAUGGUGUGGUUUUUGGCUUGACUUCUGUGGAUCUGGUCUUUCACAUGGGCUCAGAAGAAAUUAGCAGUUCUUCAAGUGUCUUGGACCGUUUUUCCAGAACUCUGAAGCACAUCCUGACUCAGAGGAGUUACUAUCCACUCUACCCUCCCGCGGAAGAGAUGAACAUUGAUUACGAACGUUUCUACCAAUACGCAGCCCUGCCUGUCACACCGGAUGUGCUGAUCACUCCGUCGGAACUGAGAUACUUUAUCAAGGACGUCCUUGGGUGUGUCUGUGUGAACCCAGGCCGGCUGACUAAAGGCCAGGUAGGGGGCACCUACGGGCGUUUGUGCAUCCAGCAGAAGGUCUCCAAGGACCAAGAGGAGCGGAAGAGCCCUUGCAUCGCUGCUCAGGUCGUGAGAAUCUAACUUGCAUCCAUGUCCUCAACCCACCAGCAGAGAGGACUGCAGAGGUUUUGCUGGAGCGGGACCAAAGCACAGUUUAGGGACGAGACUGAAGAGACGGAGCAGGUUUCUCCUCCAAUGUCUAGGGGUCUCUCAGGGCUGCAGCUGUUUGGGAAUCUGCCUUCCACCUUUGCUGCCAACACAGCUGGAGAGAAUCUUCUUCUGUUGCAGUUUCCCCAAAUUUGGGCGGGGAAGAAUGGAUUUGCCUACGCUAAUGUCCUUUUGACAAAACACUUUCUACUUUGAGAAGACAGAUAAAAAGUUAGCUAUA